CGCACUUCCGCCUUUGAGACCCUAGAACCCCAUUCUCGUCCAUCAACUGCCACAUAAUCAUACGUCGUCCUCUCCCAGUACUUGCUUAUCUAUACCACCGCCGCUCAUUUAUAUUGUGUUUCACUAUGUAUAUGCGCAUACGAUAGCCAUUCUGUUCAUUGACGCGGCCUCCACCGGGAGCGAGUUGGCGAAUUGCCCCCCCUAACCAGCCCUCGAGCAGCUGUCCCCGAGCGCUGCAGGGCACCCCACGACCCUGCAAAUGGGUGACGAAAAGAACCUACAUCUUUACGAUGCCGUAGAAGAUGCUCCGAUUCCUACGUAUGAAGAAGCGACAUCUUCACGGACAUUCUCGCGCCGCGGUCCACAAGAAGUUAGCGACGAUGCUGAGAGACAGGGCCUCUUAGGAAACGAUCUGGCAACGGAUUCAGGAUCACGGAGACGCAAUGGAUACUACCAACAGCCAUCAGUUCAGUCCGUGAGCGAUGAGGACGAUAACAGCGACCUGGAUAGUCUGGUUCGCGACAGCGAGGAAGGGGACUCGAGGCAGAUCAUGGAAGAGAUGGAAAUACUGGAUCCGGAGUCGGCCGAGAGUGGAGGUGCAAGGCGUAAUAGGCUCAGAGGCAGGUUCUCGAAGAGGUUCUAUUCGAUCACGGACACACUUUCUAGUUUCCACCUUCCAAAGUUACGAUGGCCAUCCAUCAGCUUCGAAUGGUUGACGUCCCGUCUGCCCUCGAUACCGGAGGAAUACCGACCGGGAUGGGCUAUACUUGCCCGCCUUUUUGGACUGGUAGUGAUCAUAUCCUUGGUUUAUUUACUGGUGGUCAGCGAGAUCAUGCCCAUGGGCGGUGGCGGCUUCGGGCAGCCUUUUAAUCCGGAAUGGGUUCGACAGCAGGUACAACAGAAUGUGGAUCCUUGGCGGAUACAAGAAAACCUUCAAUACAUCACUUCCUAUGAUCAUGUUGGUGGAAGCGAGGGAAGUUUCUUCUUGGGACAGUGGAUUGAAGGGAAAUUCCAGGAAUCGCAUAUGGAUACCUUCACCCACGAGGAAUUCUACGUGUAUAUGAAUUUCCCGAAGAAAGGCGGACGCCGUGUAGCGAUCGUUGAGCCAACGGAACUAGCCUGGGAGGCUAAGUUACAAGAAGGCUCGGCCUACAAUCCACCAAAGUCUCAGACAGAUAGUUUUCAUGGGCUCUCAGCCUCCGGAAAUGUUACGGGACCUCUUGUAUAUGUCAACUAUGGGCACGAACAGGAUUUCAAGACAUUGAAAGACAAAGGCGUAGACGUGAAGGGCACGAUUGCGCUCAUACGUUAUUAUGGCACCCAGUCUGACCCAGCAACAAAAGUCAAAGCCGCACAAGAUGCUGGUGUGGCCGGUGUACUUUUAUAUUCAGAUCCAGCUGACGAUGGCUUCGUACAAGGAAAAGUGUGGCCACAUGGGAGAUGGAGACCUGAAGACGGAGUUCAGAGAGGAUCCGUUGCGCUUACCAACUGGAUCGCCGGAGACCCUCUCACCCCUGGACAACCAAGCACAAAGGAGGCAAAGCGAAUGUCGAAAGACAAAAAUCCUGCAUUGCCUACCAUUCCCAGUCUGCCUCUUUCCUGGAGCGAUGCGCAGAAGCUUCUCCAAUCACUGAAAGAAGUCGGCGAAGAAGUGCCUGCCGAUUGGAGAGGAGCUGUGCCAGAUGUUGGAGACCAAUGGUUCUCCGGCCACCCGGACCGAUCUCCCAAGGUCAACCUGCAAAACUUCCAAGACGAGGUCGAACAACAGCUCAUCCAAAAUGUCUUUGGCUCCUUCAUAGGUAUCGAAGACAAGGCCAAGAAGAUUAUCAUCGGUAAUCAUCGUGAUUCUUGGUGUUUCGGUGCAGCAGACCCCGGAAGUGGCACGGCUGUCAUGCUCGAAGUCGCUCGUGUUCUAGGAGAGCUUCGUGCUCAGGGUUGGCGUCCCCUGCGUACAAUCGAGUUUGCAUCCUGGGAUGCCGAGGAGUACAAUUUGAUGGGGUCGACCGAACACGUCGAAGCGAACCUCGAAAAUUUGCGCAAGGACGCAAUUGCCUACAUCAACGUCGAUGUUGGGGUGACUGGCGAGAAGUUAUGGGCAAAUGGUUCACCCAUUUUUCGACAAGCAUGGGAGCGUGUAUUAGAUCGACUGGAAGAUCCCCGACAAAACAAGACCCUCCGUGAACUAUGGGAUGCUGACAACCGUAGCCUUGGCAAUUUGGGCGCAGACGGAGACUACCUCGCUUUUCAGGACAUUGCUGGCUGCUCAUCCAUUGACUUUGGGUUUGCAGGCCCGGAUCACGGCAACAUGCAUCACAGCUGUUAUGAGACCUUUGAUUGGGUUUCCAAGUACAUUGAUCCAGGCUUUGCUUAUCAUAACCUACUUGCUCAGAUGUGGGCUUUGCUGAUCCUCGAGCUUGCCCAAGAGCCAAUCCUUCCCCUCAAGCUGACGCAUUACACUGGCGCUCUGCAAAACGAAGCCAAUGAAUUGGUCGAUUGGUCGAAGAAGCAUGCUAGCGAUUUCAAGCGCGAGAAUUUCCAGCCUCUAUUCGAUGUUAUAGCAUCAUCCACUGAUCAGGCAAAGACCUUCCAUGAUUGGGAAGAUUUCUGGUAUGGUCAGGUUUACGGUACCGGCGGCUUCGAAAGCCCAAGUCUCACUGUGUCGAGAAUGGCCCACAAUAACAAGAUGGCCGGACUAGAGACGUCGCUUUUGGAUGUCCCUCGGGAUAUGAAGGACAAAUCCGCCCAUGGUCUACCUGGUCGUGACCAAUUCCGGCACGUUAUCUUCGGUCCCGACGUAUCAGACUCCGGACAGAAGGGAUCGGUAUUCCCUUUUAUACGAGACGCGCUACUGAAGAAGGACUGGGAACUUGCCAAGAAACAAGUACAGAAGACUGCAGCUCUUGUGAAGCAUGCCUUCGAGCAUAUCAAUCACGCACAGUGAUAAGCUCCUAAAUCAUUUCUUGCAUAUUGUUUUAUCAUCAACAUGGGUGGUGUCUUGGCGUUCGACCUAUAUCAAGCAUGGGGACUUGGGUCAUUUCUGUUCUAUUUGACAUUCAGGUUGUGAGCAUAACUUACGCGUCAAGCGAGUUUCUAUGAUAAAUAGUUAGAUAUGAUUGGUGUCUAGCAUGGAGGAUGUUGCAGCGCCAAAGUCGCCUUCUUUCAUUUAUCAAAUACACCAACACGGGUUUCUCUCCUAAGUG